AUGUCGUUGUUCGGAACCUCGCCGACAGAACGCGAUGAGGUACCCUCGGUUGCAUCUCCGGGUCGCACCCGCUCUGGACGAGGGGGUCUAUUUGAUGAGACCGAGACGCCUCAGAGGGCCCCGUCUACGAGCCUGUUUGCCGACAAUAUUGAUUCCGGAGACGGUGACGAUGCGCUUUGGGCUAUGCCCUCGCCGCGGAAGCAACAGACCAAGGCUGACGUGGUGCGCAACCUGCUGCCGUCUUCUGACGUACCCGGAAGCUACAUUGAGUCCUUUGAUGCCGUGCUCAAUCGCGGCAGCGGCGGCCACGUCAUCACAUCCGAUGACAUCUCUCAGGUCUUCGCGGCUGCGAGGCUGUCCGAUGUCUCGGUGCAGUCCCGCAUCGUGAACCUGGUUGCGCCUGACGGUGGCUCUCAGGUCCAGCUGGGACGCGGCGAGUUCAAUGUGCUCAUGGCUCUGGUUGGUCUAGCGCAGGAGGGCGAGGAAAUCAGCCUCGACGGCGUUGACGAACGUCGAAAGAAUCUACCGCAGCCCAAGCUCUUUGGCCUCAACGCUGAGCCCAUCAUUCCUCCCGUUGAGGAGCUCGCUUCAAAGCCGCCUCAGACGCCAAUCAAGGACACGCCACUGAGCAGGUCUCAGCACCGUCGGACCCCGCCCAACUCGCAAACGCGCGUCGUGCGUCCAACGAUGGACGACCCGGAGGAUGACCCUUGGAACUCACCCGAGGUGCACAAGAACCACGACCACUCAAGCAUCAACGGCACGGGAAACGAUGCUGUAAGCAGCCAGAUUAGCUUUGGCAGUGAUGCCCAAUCUCCAUUGGUAGGCGCACGCACCACCAGCCAGCACACCGUCUCCGAGUCACACGCUCCUUCAAACGGCGCCGAACAGCAGCAGCAAAUGUCGCACACCACCGAUGGUGGCCAUGCGCCUGCCCAGGGUGACGCGUGGGGGGGAUACUACGAUGGCGCCGGCUCGAACACGGCCAGCUUCAACCCGACCCCCGUCCCGGGAUCCGACACGAAUCCCUUCGGCGCCGGCGGUGCCCUCGGUGGCGAUCUGACGGGGCGCCCCCCCCGGCGUAACCCUCUUGCGCCGCUUCCGAACCCCGUCCUGCGGGGCAACGGCGUCUCCGAGAACAUUCUGGUAACGCUGAUGCCAGACAAGGAGGGUCUCUUCAUGUUCCAGCACCACAAUUACGAGGUGACGAGCCAACGCCGGGGGAGUAAGGUAGUCCGGCGAUACAGUGACUUUGUCUGGCUGCUCGACUGUCUGCACAAGCGCUACCCCUUCCGCAUCAUUCCGCUGCUGCCGCCCAAACGCGUUGCUGUCAACGGGAACCACCUGUCCAACGACGGUUCCUUCAUUGAGAAGCGCAGGCGUGGUCUUGUCCGCUUCCUCAAUGCUCUCGCUCGCCACCCCGUCCUGGGUCAGGAGCAGCUUGUAGUCAUGUUCUUGACAGUACCAACAGAAUUGGCCGUAUGGAGGAAGCAAGCGAGCAUCUCAGUUCUAGACGAGUUUUCCGAGCGCGCAUUGGUCCCUGGGCUGGAGGAGUCCCUACCCGCGACCCUUGAGGAUCUGUUUGCCCGCACUCGCGUGGGGAUCAAACGGUCGGCGGAGCUGUACAUCAAUAUCUGCAGCAUCAUGGACCGUCUUGUGAAACGCCAGGAGGGCAUCGCGGCGGACCACGGACGCAUAGCCACGCUCCUCGGCAGCUUGACCGGCACUUCGGCUGACACGUACGCCACUGACACCAACGAGAUACCUCUCCUCAACGACGGCCUCGGGGCCAUGAGCAAGCACCUCAGGACGUGCCAGGCCCUCGUUGAGGACGAGAGUCGUGGUUGGGACGAGGGCGUCCUCGAGGACCUCAAACAGCAGCGCGACGCGCUGGUCAGUGCUCGCGAGAUGUUUGACCGCCGGGAGCGCCUCGACAAGGACAGCAUUCCUUACCUGGAGCGGAGGAUCCAGACCAACGAAAGCAAGCUAGCCAACCUACGCUCCAAGCCCGAAGGCACCAUCAAGGCUGGGGAGAUUGAACGCGUCGCCGAGUCGAUUAUCAAGGACAAGGAGUCGAUUGUUCAGCAACACAACCGCAGCGUCUUUGUCAAGGAGUGUCUCCGCGACGAACUCAUCUCAUUUCAGUCUACGCAGUACCACGUCAGCCGGUGGAACCAAGAAUGGGCCAGCGAGCGUGUCAAGUACGCUGAGAUGCUAGCUGACAACUGGCGUCAGCUCAUUGAUGAGUUGGAGGGUAUGCCUCUGGGCGAUUGA